UUUGUUCAUUAAUCAUGCUUCAUGAAGAACCAUUGUCAAGACAUGCUUGUAUAUCGCUUUUUAUUAAUUAUUAGCAAAUCUAGAUUUACUUUUACUCUGCAUUAAUUUUAAAUAAAAUCAAGAGAUUCAAUUAUAUAUUUCUACAAAUCAAUGUUUUGUGACCUAAAUGAAAAUGGACCAAAAUUUCAAUAAGAUAUUGAAGAUAAUAGAUUUUUACUGCGAAAUAAUAGAAAAUCCUGAAGUUUUAAGAGAAAUAGAUAUAAAUUGUUUGAAGAAGACUUUUCAAGCUUGCCUAUUCAUAGAAAAUGCUGUUAAAAAGAUUAAGGAAGAGAAAAAAGAAAUAGUUUUUGAAAGUCACUUGAAUGCUUGGAUGUCAAGGAAGAAGAAAACUAUUGUCUAUAAAUGCUUCAACUUUAAAAAUGCAUGUGACACGUUGUUAGAAUUUUGCCUAAAAGAAGAUAAAAUUUCAAAUGAUGUAAUAGAUGAGAUGUUAAAGAUUUAUAUUCAUCAUUGUGGAAGUGUUAGAUUUGAAGCUAAUGUUAACCACAUACUGACUCAUUCAAUGAGAGCUAAUGCACUGUUAGACAUUUUUAAAAACUUGGAAAUUUCUGAGUCAGACAUUGAUGAUGAAGUGCUUAUUGCUUCCUGGGAGCACGAGAUUAAAGUGGGAAAACAAAAGAAAGUCAAUGAUUUUCUAAAAGACAUGUUUGAUAAAGAAGAAAUACCAAGAUUGAUUGAAUUAGCUUAUAAAUCAGAAACAAGUAGCCCAAUAAAUAUUUUGAUUUUAGAUUUUCUUUCCAAAAAACUAGAAGAUUACAAUAUUUUAUUAUAUACAGAACUCAAAAAUAAUGAAAAGAAAGUGCUAUUAAAACUUCUGAUGGACAAUUCUCAAUUCCAACUUACUUUUGUGGAUGCUACAUUUUAUAUUGGUAGAAACAUGGAAAAAGAUGAAGAUGAAGACUGGAUUACUAGUACAGAAAUCACAUACAAUGAUUUAAAAAAAAUUAUUUUAAUUUUGCUGGAUGGUCCCAGAGAUAUUUAUCAAUUAAUAGUCGAUAGAAUUAAGUUAGCCAAAGAGUUAGAUGCAGUUUGGGAGGAUGUAGAAAGAGAUUGUAUUUUGUAGACUACUUAUCAAAAAAAAUUGUUAUGGUCACUACUCUUUUUUCCAAACAUUGUUAUUAUAAAUGUAAAUAAAAUUAGAAGAAUUAUGAAUAAACAUAAAUUUUUUACACAUUGAAA